UGGCGAACGAGACAGGACAAAUGGUUGCCGCCUUCGAAAAACUUGGACAAUUUUAUAACGUUUGUCGAGAGUUCAGGAAGAGACCCGUAAAUUUUACACUCGUUUAUAACCUUUUAGACGAACUAGGUGGUUAUUUAUCGCCGAAAAGGGAGAUACUGAACGAUAUCACUCCUCUGAUCUCCGCGUUGCUUAAAGUAAACGGCGCGCCUCUCUUCGACUUACACGUCGACGUAGAUCUUUACGAUCGCACAAAGUCAUCCGUAUAUCUUGAUCUUCCUACCAAGCAUCAAAGUCACGAGUUUCUUACAGGAGAUCAGAGAAACGAAGAUGUACAAAGAUCGGGUAGAAUUCAAAAGAUUGUUCGAGGAUUCUUGCCAAAAAAUAUGAGUCUUAAGGAACAAUCGUCGGAGACGAAUCUGCUGUUGCAAUUUUGCUUAUCACUAGAAAAGAUUUAUCCAAAGCACAAAGACUUAUACAACUGGGUGGACGUUGAUCAGAGAGUAUACGUUGCCUAUAACGUGUCUUAUCUUCAAGAAAACUUUAGUUACAUAAGAUGGAAAUCGUUGCUGAAUACAACGUUACGCCCGCGUAUCGAUCUGCACGAUGAUAAUGACACAAAUCACGUAUAUGCUCCGCCGGCAUCUGAGGAUCAACAGAUCUACGUCUACGUCACGGCCCCACGUUAUUUGCGUAACCUCGGCAAGUUAUUGAAUCGCUCCUCCAAACGGAUUAUUCAUAACGGAUUGCUGUUACUCUACGCCGUGGACAUGUUGCACGAUAUUGUGAACGUUAACGCUACUAAAGAUUGGGAAGCUGCCUGUUACAGAUUGACCAGAAACGUUUUUAGCGAAGCGAUUAGUGCGCUCUACGUGCGACAGUACACGCCAAAAUAUUUGGAGACUUUGAUUAACAGGGUGACUGUACUUUUCAAACGCGUGAAAGAAACGAUAGCCGAACGUAUAUUAGUGAAGUCGUGGUUUGACGAUGAUACUAGAACACAGGCAUUAUUAAAACUGAAUUCCUUACGGGGUCGAUUUCAAGUGUCGCCUGCUUUCUAUAACGAUACCUUGCUGAAUCGCGAGAUGGCCGAGGUCGUGAUCGAUUCGGAUGAUUUUAUCGCUACCGUCCUGAGAAGAUUUCGUCAAAUUCGGAGAUCAGAGGAGCCAAGUCCGUUACGAAAAAAUGCGAUAGAAAGAUGUCAUUAUCCUUAUUCUGUGCACGCCUAUUACGAAUCUUCAACAAACACUAUCAGAAUUCCAUUGGUUAUGAUGACAUCCUGGGCAUGGUCAUGGGACGGUGGACCGGCUUAUGCGGUUCACGCUACGCUAGGAUCAGUCAUCGCUCAUGAGAUUCUUCAUGCCUUUGAUUUUCACCGUCGCAAAUCGCCCAUAGAUCCAGAUUUAAAUAUUGACGAAUGGCUUUGGAUCAGGCCGGACUCUUGGAAACGAUUGGAGACCAGGAUAGAGUGUGUCGCGCGACUCUACGCUAAGAAUUUCUGGCGUAAGGUUCAGUCUUACGGAAGUGAUGUUGCUGUGCAGUUCGAUUGGAAUAUAACGAGAAACGAGAUUGUUGCGGAUAUUGGGGCUCUACAAAUCUCUCACAGAACCUGGCACACUUUGACGAACGGGAAAGAUCGAAGUCUCCCUGGGCUGGAAGGGCUUCGUCCAACCCAACUUUUCUUUAUAAGUGCCGCUCAGGUGUACUGCGUUAACACGACUGCCGAGGCCUAUGUCUCCUCCGUUAAGUCCGACUAUCGCCUACCUCCAGAGAGAAUCAACGGUAUAAUGAUGAAUUCUCAAGCGUUCGCGGAAGCGUUUCGCUGUCCACUCGGAACAAAAAUGAACCCCGCUAAUAAAUGCACUAUCUGGUGAUAAUUAUACACAUAUCCGUUGAUAUGUACCGCCUACACUUUGCUUGUUCCAUAAUUAGGAUGAAUCGCGCAGAUUAUUUCAGAAUCGUAAUUCACAGCAAAAAUUAGUACUGCAUAGGGAUAGAUAUCUGUCUCUUUACGGAAGUUAAUAAAACUUUAUUCAUUAUAGUCUGCAUAAUAUGAAAAACUUUGGUUGUAUAUGAUAUAUAUGAAUCUAAUUGUUUUUCUCUCUUAAAGAUCUCAGAUUCAGAUUAGAAUUAUUAUAUAUAAAUAGACAGCUCUUACCUUGUAUCUAAAAAAUCGCGUUUCAUUUUUACUACAUUGACUAUUGCAAAUUAAAUUAGUUAAUUUAAAAAAAGGGAAGAGUAUCUCUUGUGAUCUCCUUUAUUUUUUUUUAUAUUUGAAAAAUAUAGAAAUGUAUAGAUACUCGAAUUUUAAUAAAAACCGGGAAUUAAAAGUGUCUCGUUAUUUUAAUUCAAUUUACACAA